GGGUUUCACUGGUUGUUCUAGUCACUUAGUUGAUGAGUUUUUGGAGCACAGUGUCGAGGAUCAUGCUAAAGAUCCUCAACCUUAAUUCAAGGCUUUCCAUUUGCAUUCUCUUUUGUAGCUUCUAGAUUUAUUUAAUUGAUUCUUUCCAUACUUGUAAUUUCUAUAUACAGAUAUGUAACUGUGCAUAUAUAUAUAUGAAAUCGACUCACCACUAAAAGGUGUGGUGAUUUUUCAAACUCUCUCAUGGUAUCAGAGCAGAAUACGGAUUAACAUCCCUCUGACAAUCCUCUUUCCCUCUCCAUGGCUGCUGAAUCUUCUUCCACUCUUCUCCCCUUCAAUACCCUCAUCCACAUGGUUACAAUCAAACUAUCCUCUUCCAACUGCCUCCUAUGGAAAAGCCAAUUGCUUCCCCUUUUAGAGAGUCAAAAACUAAUCGGCUAUGUGGAUGGAACCAUAGAAAUUCCACCCCGUUUCACCCUUGAAAAUUCUCAGACACCAAACAUCAAAUAUGUGGCAUGGAAACAUACUGAUCAGCGCCUCCUUAGUCUUCUGUUGUCCUCCCUUACUGAGGAGGCCAUGGCUGAAGCUGUGGGACUCUCCACUUCACGCGAGGUGUGGGUUGCCUUGGAAAACACCUUCAACGACCGCUCCAAAAUCCGUGAAAUCCGUCUCAAGGAUGACUUGCAACUGAUGAAACGAGGCACCAGAUCUGUUUCGGAGUAUGCCCGCGCCUUCAAGGCCCUCUACGAUCAACUCCAUGCAAUUGGACGACCUGUCGACAGCACUGACAAAGUGCACUGGUUCCUCCGAGGUCUUGGCUCGAAAUUCUCGAACUUCUCUAUAGCACAAAUGGCCCUAACCCCUUUGCCCUGUUUUGCAGAUCUUGUGCCCAAAGUAGAGAGCUGUGAGAUCUUUCAAAAAUCAUUGGAGCAUGCUACACCAUCCCCUAUUGCGUUCACAACCACCAAUCGCAACCCUGCAAAGUCGAACCAGCGAAGCUAUUGUUCCCGCAAUCAACCGCCUCGAAUUGGCGGCAAUGGACGAGGACAAGGACGCUCCUCUGGCAGACGACCUUUGCGCUGCCAAAUCUGCCGCAUGGAAGGUCAUAAUGCGGACCGGUGCCGACAACGGUAUGAAAGCCAUGGUCAUACCCCUGAAGCUAAACUUGCCGAAGCCCUAAAUGCAUCGUGUUCCAUUUCCGGAAAUGAGGCCUCGGAUUGGUUUUUAGACACAGGAGCCUUGGCCCAUAUGACUCCAGCCCAAUCCUUCUUGGACCAGUCCACUUUUUAUACGGAAUCGCAAAACGGGAAGAGUGGUGGCAACCGGUAAACGAGAUGGUGGCCUAUACGUGCUAGAACGUGGAAAUUCGGCUUUUGUUUCUAUUCUGAAAAGUAAAUCUCUUCAUGCUUCAUGGGAUUUAUGGCAUGCACGCCUUGG